AUGAAUGAUUUGCAGGAAGAGGAGGAUGGAGCAGAGUCUGUAAUAUCCAGCUGUCUGUCUAUGAAGAGUGACCAGUCUAAUGAUCAUCCUCCAUUCUUUAGUGAUGAACCUGGACCCUCAGACACAAAACUCAAGAAGAUGAAGAAAGAGGAAGAAGAGGAGGACAGAGCAGAGUCUCUAUUAUCCAGCUGUCUGUCGAUGAAGAGUGACCGGUCUAAUCAUCAACCGCCAGAAUUCACUAAUGAACCUGGACCCUCAGACACAAAAGAGAGGAAGAGGAGGGCUGUUUCUGUGGAGGAGCAGCUGUCCUGCUGUUCUUUGUGUCAGGACGUCCUGAAGGAUCCAGUCUCUACCAGCAGUGGACACUGGUUCUGGAGACUCCUCUGGUACAUCACCUCAUACUGGGACCAGUCUGCUUCAUCAGGAGACUCCUCCUGUCCCCAGUGUGCAGAAAGAUCCAGAACCAGACCUGGACUGCAGACAGACAGUCAGACCAGCACUGUACAAAAAAGUGGUCUGCAGGAGGUUUUAGAUGAACAUCAGAUCAUUUUGAGCAGCACAUGUGAAUGUGUGACUCAAGGAACUGAUGAAGCAGGAAGUGAAAUCCUCCUCAACAGCAGUUACACUGAGGUCCACAUCACAGAGGGACAGAGUGAAGAGCUUAAUACCCAACAUGAGGUGUGGCAGCUUGAAACAGCUUCCAAGAUGAAGACCUUCCAUGACACUCCAAUCAAGUGUCAGGACAUCUUUAAAGUCUUACCUGACCAACACAAACAAAUCAGAGUGGUUCUGAUGAACGGCGUCGCUGGUGCUGGAAAAACCUUCUCAGUGCAGAAGUUCACUCUGGACUGGGCACAGCGCUCAGAAAACCAAGAUAUCAGUCUGCUGAUUCCGUUCUCGUUCAAGGCGCUGAACUUGAUCAAAGAUGAGCAGUACAGUCUGCUCAUGCUGAUCCAUGUUUUCUAUCCAACAUUACAGAAGCUCACAGCAGAGAUGCUCGCUGUCUGUAAAGUUUUGUUCAUCUUUGACGGCCUGGAUGAAAGCAGACUUUCACUGGAUUUCAACAACAGUGAGGUUGUGUCUGAUGUCACACAGAAGUCAUCAGUCAGCGUGCUGUUGACAAACCUCAUCAAGGGGAAGCUGCUUCCAUCGGCUCUCAUCUGGAUAACUUCCCGACCUGCAGCAGCCAAUCAGAUCCCUCGUUCAUGUGUGGACAGGGUAACAGAAGUACGAGGCUUCACUGAUGACCAGAAGGAGGAGUACUUCAAGAAGAGAUUCAGUGAUGAAGAGCAGUCCAGCAGAAUCAUCUCACACAUCAAGACAUCCAGGAGCCUCCACAUAAUGUGUCUCAUCCCAGUCUUCUGCUGGAUCACUGCUACAGUUCUGGACCACAUGUUGACUACAGACCAGAGAGGAGAGCUGCCCAAGACCCUGACUGACAUGUACUCACACUUCCUGCUGGAUCAGACAAAGAGGAAGAAGAACAAGUAUGAUGAGGGACAUGAGACGAGUCCACAGGAGCUGACGGAGGCUGACAGGGAACUUCUUCUGAAGUUGGGGAGGCUGGCGUUUGAACAACUGGAGAAAGGAAACAUCAUGUUCUACCAAGAAGACCUGGAGCAGUGUGGUCUUGAUGUCACAGAGGCCUCGGUGUUAUCAGGAUUUUGUACACAGAUCUUCAAAAGAGAGAGUGUGAUCUUCCAGAAAACAGUCUACAGCUUUGUUCAUCUGAGCAUUCAGGAGUUUCUGGCUGCAGUCUACAUGUACCACUGUUACACCAGCAGGAACACAGAGGUAUUGGGGGUCUUCCUGGGGAAAAAACACAGUUACACUUCUCUGGAUGUCUUCCUGAGGAGAGCCAUGCUGAAAUCUCUGGACAGUGAAAAUGGCCACCUGGACCUGUUUGUCCGCUUCCUUCAUGGCCUCAUAUUGGAGUCCAACCAGAGUCUCUUAGGAGGCCUGCUGGGUCAGACAGACAACAGUCCAGAAACUAUCCAGAGAGUCACCAACAACCUGAAGGAGAUGAACAGGAAGGAUAUCUCUCCUGACAGAAGCAUCAACAUCUUCCACUGUCUGAUGGAGAUGAACGACAGCUCAGUACAUCAGGAGAUCCAAGAGUUCCUGAAGUCAGGGAACAGAUCAGAGAAGAAACUCUCUGAGAUCCAGUGCUCAGCUCUGGCCUACAUGCUGCAGAUGUCAGAGGAGGUUCUGGAUGAGUUGGACCUGAAGAAGUACAACACAUCAGAGGAGGGCCGAUGGAGACUGAUCCCAGCUGUGAGGAACUGCAGAAAGGCUCGACUUUAUAACUGUGGACUCUCAGAGACUCACUGUGAAGUUUUGGCCUCAGCUCUGAAGUCCAACCCUCAUCUGACAGAACUGGACCUGGGUAACAACAAGCUGUCUGAUUCAGCAGUGAAGCAUCUGUCUGCUGGACUGGAGAGUCCAAACUGUAGACUGAAGACUCUGAGAUUGAUGAACUGUGGUUUGUCAGAGACCAGCUGUGCUGAUCUGGCCUCAGCUCUGAAGGCCAACCCCUCCCAUCUGAGAGAGCUGGAUCUGAGAGGAAACAACCUGCAGGAUUCAGAUGUGAAGCUGCUGUCUGAUCUUCAGCAGAGUCCAGACUGCAGACUGGAGACUCUGAGACUUUCUGACUGUGGACUCUCAGAGACUCACUGUGAAGUUUUGGCCUCAGCUCUGAAGUCCAACCCUCAUCUGACAGAACUGAACCUGAGUGGAAACAACCUGUCUGAUUCAGCAAUGAAGCGUCUGUCUGCUGGACUGGAGAGUCCAAACUGUAGACUGAAGUAUCUGGGACUUCAUGGCUGUGGACUCUCAGAGACUCACUGUGAAGUUUUGGCCUCAGCUCUGAAGUCCAACCCUCAUCUGACAGAACUGGACCUGCGUAACAACAAACUGUCUAAUUCAGCAGUGAAGCGUCUGUCUGCUGGACUGGAGAGUCCAAACUGUAGACUGAAGGGUCUGAGACUUUGGCACUGUGGACUCUCAGAGACUCACUGUGAAGUUUUGGCCUCAGCUCUGAAGUCCAACCCUCAUCUGACAGAACUGGACCUGCGUAACAACACGCUGUCUGAUUCAUCAGUGACGCACUUUCUGGCUGUGGACUCUCGGACACUCACUGUGAAGUUUUGGCCUCAACUCUGA